UGCAUAGUAAUAUGCAUUGACAGUUGAGUUUAAAUCAUGGUUGUUUGUUUAGCAAAUGAAUGAAUUUACAGUCUCUAUUCGAUACAAUGACGUCAUAAUAUACGUAUUACUUAACUUUUCUUACUUGACAGCAGUACUUCAUGUGGAGGAGUUACAAGGAAUAAAGAAUUUUUAGCGUAAUUAUAGUUAUUGUGAGGGUAUAGUUUUAAAACAAAACAUGCCAAAUUUAUCAAAUGUGACUCACAUUACUCUAAAGGCGAUCUUCACCAUUCACUUGGUAUUGACAGUAUGGGGUAUACAAGGACGGUGGUGUCCACAAUCAGCAAUGUUCUACAACCUUCUCUUCUUUGGUUGUUUACUAUGGUCAAUUCACAAUACGGAAUCAGAUGAACCACUACAAUUUGCUUUAAUUGUGAAUGUUUUUUCAUUGUUAUUCGAUACAAUCACACUGGCAGUUUAUUUCGAUAGUCACUAUGCAUCAGGCACGUUCAGUGGCAUAUUUAUGAUUGCAAAUUUGAUUGCUCGAUUGGUAUCAUCCAAAUAUUUAUUGAAGAUUGGUCAAGAGCGAGGCGGAACUUUGGCGUCUGUGUUUCCUUCUGGCAAUAAUCUUGGAAGGCAAGAAUAUGAAGAUAUAUCUUAUCCAGUACCUGAAAACAAUGAUUUUACUGGAAUCUGAAGGAUAUUUAAAACUUCAGGAAAUGAAGAUUUUAUAAUUUAUAACUACUAUAAUUAAAACUUCUUUUUGUUUACAAAUGUGUAUAAUAAUACAAUAAUGCACAUUUUUGAAUGCGUAUUACUUUCGGUCAUAAAGUUUUAUUCAUUUCUUACACUUGCAAUAUAUACAUUAAUAGACUAAUGAAAAUCAGUGUGAUAGUAAAUUAUCUUUAAAUUAUGUAAGCGGCACUAAAACUGUAAUACUCGU